UCUUUUGUAAAAACAGAUAUUUAUGUUCCCUCAACUUGUUUGGAAAAUGAUCUCCUUGACCUCAAACGGAGAUAUAUUGUUUCAUUCACUGGGGGAAGAGCCUCUCGUCAAUGGACCAUGACUGCAUCCAGGUUCGAACCAGCUGAAAAGUCUGAUUAGCUGCUCUUUGACAUCGAUCAAGAUUGUCUGUGCUGUAUAUUUGCCACUAGAUUGGCUUCGAGUCGAGACAUACAAAGGUUCCUGAAUCUUGUGAUUGCUUUCAAGAGAUGGAGAUAAGCUGUAAAUCGGACCAGUAUGUUCAACCUAUAGAAACGCAACUUCUUGGUGCCUCCAAUUUGUGAAGUAACUUGUGGAAUUGAUCCAACUGAUCGACCCAAACAGUUGUUGGCGUCUUUAGUCCGAGAAAGAUCCAGUACAGAAAGAUUCAGUUUUAGUUGAAACGCGGUUCAUUUUCUUACUUAAUUCGGUAGUUGGUUAGGUCUCGAAAAUAUUGGUCGGAGCUUCGUAGAUAAACAAGCACAAUGAAGAAUACGAUUCUGGGCAAAUGGAAACGAUUUUUUAACUCAGAGGGGUGAUUGGAGAACAAAUAGUUUGAAGGAGUGAAUUGAGAUAGACAUGAAAGUUGGAGGGCAGUUCCAAAACAUUCAGAAGAUAGGGGAAGGAAAGAAAGGCGGAAAAAUCAGCAUGAAAGAAAAAGCGCGCCAACGCCGAGCAUCAGAACUGCAGGGAGAGAGAGAGAGAGAGAGAGAGAGAGAGAGAGAGAGAGAGAGAGAGAUGGAGGAUUCAGCGGCAAUUCUGUGUCAGAUAUCUUCAUUCAAGGACAUGAUCGAUCAGGUGAAUGAGGAGAUCGAGUCGAGCAUCCAGAUCACGCGGCAGCUCGAGUCGGAGAUCAUCAGCUUCUCUGAGAUUGAGGCCGCUCUGUCAGUCAGAGAAGCGGAGCUGACGAAGCUGCACUACUCGUCGCAGUUCGAGCUCAACGGGCUGAUCGCAGUGACAAUCGAAUCGAGGAAUUCUGCAAAGCAUUUGGAGGAAGAGCUAUGCCGGCUUAAAUUGAAGCGGGAGGAGAUAGUCAAAAGGAUGAAUGACAAAAGGGAAGGAUUUGUCUCACUUUGCCUAGAAUUCCAAAAGGGAAUCAGCCAGAGGGAAAAUGAUGACUUGGGAUCUUUGCUGUCAGAAAAGGAGUUUCUUGAAAAUGAAAUCGACCGCAUCAAUGGAGGGGAUGCUGCUCUCACAAAUUCAACUUCUGCAUAUAUGGAAGCUUUUCUUGGGGACCUUCAUGAUUCCAACACCGCUUUACAAGUAGAGAUACAAAAAGCGACCGAGGAAAAUGAGAAAUUGGUCAAGGAUAUCGAGGAAUUGAAGAGUAAGCUGCUACAUUAAUGAAUACUGAUGAUAGCCGAGGAUACGGUUGCAGCGGCGGACAAUUAUAUAUAAGGUGUGAGAACUGACGCUUGAGAACUUUACAAAAGAAGCUCUCAGAACCCACAUCGAGUCAAUUCGGAACAUCUUUUUCUCUAAUACUCAGUCAGAAUGUGUCAAUGUUUUUUCCUAUGAGUUCCACUUCAAUCCGAGGUAAGUAAAAAAAUUUGAACUUUCAGGGCAUUUAUUUUAUGUACAUAUUCAUCAAGAAUCAAGAUGAUUUGUCCCAUGAUAUGUACAUUGCUAGCUAUGUAGGGUACUAAAAUUACAUGAGUUUUAAUUUCAGAAGCAUGGCUUGCAUGGAUUACCGGUUGUCAGUUGCAUCUUCAUUGAUGUACUAUUUGCUACACUACCAAUGCAUAUAGAUAAACGGGUACCUAAUAUAUUUCCCUUGCUUGUUUCAGUAUCUCAACCUCGGAGUUUGUAGUAAUUUUCGUGUGUUGAGCAUGUCUGGAAAUUAAAUUGAUUGUCGAAGCUAUAAAUGUCACAGAGUCACAGACCUCCUUAUUUGCUCCGAAGAAGAGCUUUCAAUUUUAAAGUUGAAAAGGUUUUCUUUCCCUGCGGGAAUGAGGGCAGUCAGCCUCAAGGGGGGCCACAGUUGAGGACAAAGGAUUUUGUGACGUGGAAAUUAUGGAAAUAUGAGGCCCCGAGUCAAAGCAUUGACUAACCAAACCUCUUGCCACUGGCAGUAGCUGUUGCCAGACUCCUAUGUUUUUCAGAUGUCCCUUUCAGCUCCCCGUACGUUCAUGUUUCUCUGUUUUUCAGGGAGGGGCCGGGCCUCAGCAUUGCUCAAGUAAGUGUGCAAGCUUCUCUUCUCUUCCUCUCUUUUUUGAGGCAUAUGGUCCCAAGCAAUAAAUAAGUUCAUCCUCACCGCUACCUCUGGCUCCGAUAAAUCAUUAACACUAUUGAGGCAUAGCAGGAAUUAUUAAGAGAUUUGUUCAGUUACGCCUUCUGGGGGUGUGUUCCUUGUUUACGGCGUCGGGGAUUGUCUCGAACAACUAGAUAUCACCAUGAAAAUUAGAGUGGAGUGAUAGUUGUGUGAUGUAUGUGCUUGUUGUGGCGUUUGUCUUGGCUUUAACUACUGACCGUCUCAUGUUUCCCAUUGCAUUGACGGACAUCGACCCUACCCAAAGCAGUUUAUUGCAGCUGUCGUAGCAUUCACCCCUCCUCCCUCAUUGUGGGAGCAGCCUGAAUAAUUCAGUCACAGGUGAACAAAGGCAGUACGCACAAAAUGCUAAUGUUUUGAUGAAUGAACAAGCCUAGGCUGUCUUCCACCCAUAGACAAGAGUGACAAUAGCCAUGUCUUUCUCGUGAACAUCACGGGCAAAUCUCGUCUCUUUCCUUAGUCCUUACCCCUUGCAGCUAACGACAAUGAACUUGCUAAAAAUUUUCCUAUCCAACAUGCUAAAAAUUCUUCACCUCACGCCAAAUUAUCAAACGAAAAUAAGCUUACAAAUCGAAUGAUUAUUCUGUCCCAGUAGAAGGGCACUGCUCGUACUCGGGCUUCUUCUUGCCUAUUUUUCUAUGCCUCAUGCAUGUUCUUAUCUGUCACUCGCUGAGGUUUGUAUGAGAAACUUCUCAUCGUAAAGUUUCCCGCAAAAGAUCAAACGUUUGAAAUGAAUCCCUAUUUGAAGUUUUCUCGAGGAAGUUACUCUAUGACAUAUGUGGCUUGUUGCUAGAUCACGUGCUAAAAUCGUGUCGAGAUCCAGGGUGCUGUGUAAAACUUUUUUCCUUUUCAUUAUCUUUGUUAAGAGAAUUUUUGCUGAGCUAAUGUCGCCAGCGAUUUGAGGAUCUCCCGAGCCCAUGAAAUCAAGUGUAGAGUAAUUAUCACUGUCUGUUGCCCACUUGAUCCGGCAAAACUUUCGUAAAACCGUAAUUCCAACCUCAUACCACACUCUCAGACUAAGUAGGGAAUGACCUUUCCCGCGUCUGGUCCUCCAUCUGAUACACCAAAAUCUGGUCCAGUAUGACCUGCCCAGGGGUGGAGAAGCCCCUAAUGAGCGAUGGCCCAUCUCUCUUGUACGACUUGUCUGCUUGCCCUUUGUACUAGUAUUUUCUGUCAGUGGACCUAUGCAUAAAGAGCCUGGAGAGAAUUUCUGCCAAAAAGAAAAAAAUACAUAUAUCUACAUAUACACACACAUAUAAAAACAUACAUGUCUUCUACGAUGACCACAUUGGCUGUCUCUUUCUAAGACCCCAUUUAAUGUGCUUUGCCCCCGGACCACUUCACAAGACUCCUCAUCUCCCUCCCUCACCCUGUCCAUAAGAAUUUAGUCCUCAGUGCCCUUUUCAUGCACUCCAAUCAUCAGCCUUACAAGGUGAAGAAAGAUAAUUGAGGGGUUGAAUUCUGAAACUUCCUUAAACCUUUUGUAUGUAUAUAUAUAGCCCGAGAAUGACACAUCAUUGAUUUCUCAGAGAAGAGGAUAAGAGAGAAGAGGAACCGGUGGAAAUGAUCAUAUGAGAAGAUGAAGAUGGUGAUGGUGGUGAUGAAGGAGUCUGCCAUGGAAGACGACAGCUUGAAGAAGAAGCUUCCUUGCAGAGGUUCCCUGAAGGAAUGCAGGGGGAGGCUCUACAUCAUCAAGAGAUGUGUCUUAAUGCUUCUCUGCUGGCAAGACUAGACCCUGCAGAUCAGAGAAAACCUUCUGCUUGCAUAAUGGUAUCAAAAUCGUCGACUAGUUUUAUCUCUUCCUAAAUCUGUUGAAUUAGCUAUUCAGUCUGUCAUGGUGUGUCGUUAUCUGUUGCUUCGGUCUGCACGUAAGGGGGAGUGUCAGCAGCGAUACACGUUCAAAUUAUGAAUGGAUGAGUGCUCGACUGCUCUGAAAGUCUGAUCAAUUCAAGCCAAGAUUUGUUAAUGUACGUAUCAUAGAACGAAAAAAGAUAGGUUUUUCAAUAUGAAGUGAAGUUAAUGAA